UUCACAUUCCAUGCAUAGCAGAGCUAUAGAGGCAGUUGGGAAGAGUGACUGCUGGAGGUUCAGUCUGCUCUGAGCUCUCAUUCUGUUAGCAACUAGCUCCAUACUGCAAGGAUAUAACACAGGCUGGCCCUAUAAGCUGCUCCGCACAUCUGCUAUGGUUUGGCUUUGGCAACAGAUCUGUGGGUCAGUGUAAAUUUUGGGGAGAGGAUUAUCCAGAAUUAUUUUGAGGAAACUCUUUAAAUCUUUUUUUGGGGGAUUAAUUUUUUUGGCUUUGUAAGUAAGAAUGAGGACGGCAGAGGACUCGUCUGGAACAGUUCUGCAUCGCCUGAUUCAGGAGCAGUUGAGGUAUGGCAACCUCAGUGAGAACCGCACAUUAUUAGCUAUUCAGCAACAGGCAUUGAGAGGUGGAGGUGGCAAUGGUAGCCCCAGGUCUUCCCUUGAAAGCCUUGAGCAAGAGGAGGUACAGAUGGCACCUUCAGCAAGACAGGAACCACAAGGUCAAGAGCAUCACUCUGACCAUUUCUAUUUGGAGAACCCCAUGUACAAAGUGCAAGAAUUUCAGCAUAAGGGUGAGGAGCUCCCAACUUAUGAAGAAGCUAAGGCUGCCCUCUCCCAGUACUAUGCAGCACAGAACAGUCAACAGGUAGAACAUGGUUCUCAUCAUCGACAGGACCAAUCCCUUAAAGAACUUAAGCAUGGCCAUGUCAGGUCUCUGAGUGAACGUCUACUGCAGAUGUCUCUGGAACGCAAUGGUGCCAAGCCACAAAACCUCAUGAGCUCUUCUCAUAGCUUUCCCCAGCUCUCUAGACAAUAUCAGCUAUCAGUGGCUCAUGGACAUCAGGAGGGGGUGCACUACAAUUCAGCUCCUCCAGAAUACCCAAGUUAUGGACACCAGGAUCAUAAUGUCAGUGGAUAUGUUCAAGAUCAGAGGCACUAUGGUGGGGAUCUUCCGCUUUACCAUCAGUCUGAAGUCAGGGCUGUGCAGGACCAGAACCUUAAUUAUGGACCUAUGGCAUCUUUUAAUAUAACGGGAUCACAUAUGGCUCGGAUGGAUGCUCUUUUGAGAGAAAAUGAAAAGUUACGAAUGGAGCUGGAAAGUUACAGUGAAAAAGCUGUUAGGAUACAAAAGCUGGAAACAGAAAUUCAACGCAUCUCUGAAGCCUAUGAAAGCCUUAUGAAGGCAUCUUCUAAGCGAGAGACCCUUGAGAGUGCUAUGAGGACCAAGAUGGAGGGGGAGAUGAGGCGCAUGCAGGAUUUCAAUCGUGAUCUUAGAGAACGCUUGGAGUCUGCUAACAAACAGCUAGCUCUUAAACGUGUGGAGCAAAGAGAUGACACCCAAGGAGCAGUUUCAAAGCUGAUUGCUCAAUGUCGUGAUCAGCAGCAAGAAAGAGAGAAGCUAGAGAAGGAGAUCAGUUUGCUACGCGGUGCCAAUGAGGAUCAGCGACGACGAGCUGAAUUGUUGGAGCAAGCCCUUAGCAAUGCACAGUCCAGAGCCGCACGUACUGAGGAUGAGCUGCGCAAGAAGCGAGCAUAUGUAGAGAAAGUAGAGAGGUUGCAGCAAGCAUUGAGCCAACUUCAGGCUGCCUGUGAGAAGAGGGAACAGCUUGAACUUCGCCUUCGAACCCGACUGGAACAGGAGUUGAAGACACUAAGAGCUCAGCAGAGGCAACCAACAGCACAGAAUGGAAACCUUUCCCCAGAACUCUCUGCCACAAUCCUCUCUGAGCAGUUGCGAGAGAAAGAAGAGAAAAUAUUAGCCCUUGAGGCCGAUAUGACCAAGUGGGAGCAGAAGUAUCUGGAAGAACGUACUAUGCGGCAGUUUGCUAUGGAUGCCGCAGCCACAGCGGCUGCUCAACGAGACACUACCAUUAUCAAUCAUUCACCUCGCCACUCGCCCAACAGCAGUUUUAAUGAGGACUUGUUGAUGGCCAGCCAUAGGCAUCAGGAGAUGGAGAAUAGAAUCAAGGCCCUCCAUGCUCAGAUACUGGAGAAAGAUGCAGUUAUAAAGGUUCUACAGCAACGAAAACCUUAUCAAGGCGCUCUCCGACCUGCCAAAUCUGUUCCUUCUAUUUUCACUCCAUCGGGGAUCAGCCAAACCCCACCCUCAAAUGAAAGAAUAACAGCCAGCACCCCCAUAGGAGCAACAGCCAACAAACCAAGCGAGCUGUCAUCAUUCGGCGUGCCUGUCUUACGUAUUCACUCCAAGCAUGGGAGCAAAGAUGGUUGUACCCAAACAGAAUGUGGCACACAGCAAAGCGUUAUGACUGAAUUGAUAAUGGAACGAAAUGCAGGCUCCUCAGUAGAAAUAUCAUCAAAAAAUUCCAACGCUUCUGAAAUGGUAGAGAUUCUUAUCUAGGUCUGUAUUUAACUGGACUAUCAUGUCAAUCUUGGAAGUGACGAAAACGAAAGAAAGUCUUAUAAUUUUGGAAAACCCAGAGGUCAAUCUCUCGCAGCAGGUCAAGAUAGUCCCCCCACCAAAGGAUCAAGGACUUGCACAGUAACAAUCACCCCAAUAAGUCGCCGAGCUGGGAGGAGGUGAUGGAAGCUACGAGCGUGAAGGGAUGUUCUCCGCCAGCCUGGAUUAAUAAACGUAAACAAUUAUUUCACGUUGAAAGGCUCUUAAAAAGACUGAGGUCGAGCAGAUUGGACAGCUGGUUUCGGAAUGCAGCUCACCUUAAUUCAGGCCUACCUUGAAAGAGAUGGACAUUCCGGGGUAGAAGAGUUCAUUUUUGGUUUUGUAAUGUCACAGGCCAACAACUCUUUGCUGCUAAAAAAAAUAGAAAAGGAAAAAAAAGCCCUGCAAUGAAAGUGUGUAGUGGUGAAGUGGUUAAAAGUUACCGGGACUCUUGUCCCAAGUAUUUUUCAUGUAAAUAUGUAUGUGUUUAUUUUUAUAAAUCUCUGUAUUUAUACAACUGAGAAAUGUCUCUCUCUGAACUGAUCACUUGCUGGUCAGAGGGAUUCAAUGUGCAUCAAAGGUUUUUAGAAUGCCUUUCUUAAUAAGCUCUUAGAUUCUGUGAUGUUUUAGUAACAAUAUGGUAUUUACUAAUAGAGCUAUAUAUAUCUAAAAAUUAGUGAGCCAAAUAUUAUUACUCCAACACAUCCAAACACUCUUAAGCGUUUUUCGUAAAAAAUUUUUUUCAAAAAAGGAUGUUUGGAUAGAAUAUUCGAUUUGGCCCCGUUGGAAGUAAUCUGCAGUUCAAUAGAACUGGAAAAAAAGUUUUACAUCUCAGCAAAUUUAGCCUAUAUUUUGCAUCUUGGCUCACCCACAUCUUGCUCUUUAGUGAAUAAGUCCCCUUUUAUAUUUAUUUUAUAUCCUAAAAUAUCGUACCCCUCUGUUCUUCUCGCUCUUACGUGACUGCCGUUGCCGGACAAUGGCAGAUCUUUUUGUUUCUCAGAUCAAUACAUGUGUGUUGUUUACAAAAUCUAAAAAUCAUUUAAAUAUUUUAUAGAGCAAUAACAAAAGAAGAAAUAAAAAAAAAAAAAAUUAAAAAAUUAUGGUCGCCCCUUUCCUAAUCCAUAUCUCUGCCAAAGGGAUGGGGGUCUCCAAAGCCUUCCCUUUGGCAGUGAAAGGAUUAUAAAUAUAAUAUAUAUAUUUCGGUAUUUUUAUUUCUAUCUCUGUGCUGUGAAAGUUCUAUUCCAAAGACGUAUGAAUCAGAAUUUUUUUUUUUUUUUUGAGUGUACUUAAGUUAUCGAAAGUAUUUAAAAAUGUAAGCGUGCCUGUUGUUUAUUAAUAUUAUUCUGCAAUAUUAUAUGCUGCCUGGAUGCCAACUGGUUCUGCUGUUGCAGACCAGAAUGUUGUUAUUUUAAAUACAAAACUAAAUAAAUUUGCAAAGAAAAAUA